AUGGCUACUAACGGUUUUUUUACAUAUCGUGAUCUUUAUGGUGGUAAGCCUGAACUUUAUCAUCAAUCACGUAAAUCUCAUUUUUCAUCUACCGAUUCAAUACAAUAUUUAUCCACAUCAAGUACACCAAUUAUUUCACUUCCAACGACAACCGAUCUAUUAAAUUUAUUCUCAUCAACGACAAUACAAUUAGAUAAUAAAUUAUCCAAAUUUAUACAGCUUAUUCCAUUUGAUUAUUUGUAUUGGUUUCUUAUUGGAUUAGCUAUUUUAUUAACAUUAAUAUUAAUUAUUAUUUUUGCUUAUUAUUUUCGUAGUCACUGUAGAAGACCUAAGAAACCUACAGAUGAAAAAAGAGAAUCAGUACCAAGUAUUUAUCGAUAUCGAAAAAGUGGACAAGGUGUAAGUUCACAUAAUAUCUAUGAAACAACAUCACCAUUUCCAUUUCCAUCUCCGGUACGUCCACGUUUAUCUCAAUCAGUUGAACGUCGUAAUAAUCAACUUCUUCGAGAAGGUCUUAAUGCUGUUGGAUCUCCACGUGGUCUACGUACUGAUGUAAGUCACGCAGAACCAGCGAGUUCAUUUAGCAGUACAGCAUCCGAUCUCCUCACAGAAAUGAAAGAUCGAUUAAAUACUCACUUGCCUAAAGCAAUACCACCAAAACAAGAACAAGUUUAUGAGACACAGGUAGACGUCUAA